AUGGGAAGAGUUGUACCCCGAAAGGUUGCCAAAAAGAUCCAACAUCAUCUAGUUCAAACGCAAUAUGUCGAUCGCGAAGCAAACCGUAUCACUAGACAAAGUCGUAAAAAGGUCCGGUUGGCAACCGAAGAUUUACGAUCACGAUUCAGAAUUGCUGUUGAAAAACAAAAACAAAACCGAAUUACUAUGGAACAUGCAUUUAAAAAAUCGGAAGAUGCUGUCAAGUUCUUUGAAGAUAUUUUCUGUAAAGCUGAAAAAAUGUCUGAUGUUUUAAAUUCUCUUGGAAACAACUGGGAAGACAGCGAUGAUGAAUU